UCAAAUGCUCUUUAAAAUGCACACCCUUUAAGUUAAUGCACUUCUCUCAGUAACCACUAUUUGAUGUGUCAAAAGCUCAUGUUAUUACCUUGGAGUUCAUUUAGGGUGAAACUUACCUACUUGUUUUUGAACUGAUUAUGCAAUCCAAAAACCGCUCAAAACAUAGUGAUGAAAGAACCACUGCUUAACUCCUUUCCAAGAGAAUAAAACAAGCACAGAGAUAUUUACAAUUCUACAUGUCAAGGUUAUUGGUAAGAGCGGAUGUUACCAGAAAUACAGACAGGGAAUCUUGAGAUGUGAACGCUGCACUCCAGAGUGUUCUGAGACAAGAAAUGAGAUGGAAUUUACUCCAUGCACUCAGGACAGCAAUAGGUCAUGCUUCUGUAAACCAGGUUUUUACUGUACAAAAGGAAACAAUUAUAUCACACACUGCCAUAAACCAUGUGUUCCUUGUGGGAAGGGCACAUUCUCCAGCAAACCCACUCUGGAAUUCUGCAAACCUCAUAAAAAUUGUGCUGAGCUGGGGAUGAUAAUGCAUAAAGAGGGCUCAGCGACACGGGACACUGAGUGUGUGACUAUGACCACAGUGAUGCCAUCCUCGUCCACUACCACCAAUGUCAUUACUACAUUCCCCAUCACUAACACUUCCAUCCCCAGGACAGGGGUCACUGCACCACUCAUAGACACUUCAGAGGAAAGCCAGUCCCAUUGGCUGCUGCUAUUGAUCUUAAUGUUGAUAAUAUUGUUGGCUGGAUUCUGUGUGCUGAUGAAAAACGGGGCAAAGAAAACCUUAUUAAAAUGUCCUGGUUCAAUAAACGUAAGACAUGAAGAUCAUCAAUACCAGAGUCAAACUGCAGUUGACAAUCAAAUUCCGUCCAAUUCCCAAUCCCAGACCUUGGACACUGGGAUACCUCUCGGUAGUGAUGGCAGAGAGGACAAAGGUCAGAGUACGGAUCUGAUGCCCCAAUCUGGGACUGUACAACAAGUCACAAUGGAGCACAAUGGGAAGGGUGAGAACGUCAGCAAUACCGUUGGGUCCAUCUACAUCUACUCUCCUGGAAUGGUGAUUUUGGGCUCCAACUCGGGUGAUAAAAAGGAAGAGGCAGGAGUUAGCGAAGAAGUCGUUCCCCUCAUCAGCAGACCAAUGCAAGAGUCAAAUCCACCCUCGCAAGAAGUCAGAAUAGCAAUAAGCACACAGGAAGAGGCUGAGGAGGAGCUGAGUUUGAGUUUUCCUGUGCCAGCAACUGGAAAGUGAGAAGUUCAUGAUGGCCUUUAGGAAGAUUCCAAGUGGAAUCAAAAGACUGAAAAUCACAAGUGGCCAUAUAUAAGAUUCCUGGUAAAGCAUUGCAUCUGCAAUGGCUAUGUCAUGGUUUCAGUUCCAGAGAAACAUGCAUGCUGGAAAAAUGUACAGGCUAUCUUGAUUGUACUGUAUGUUGAAUACAGAAUGCACAGAUGUACAAGAUGGAAAAUGCUGAGUAAUGACGCUUUCUUGCACAUCAAGGAAAGAUUUAUGCUUAAUUUAAGUUGGUCAGUUUUUAGAAUUGCACAUGUCUGAAUUGCUGCUGCAGCGAAAAUGGGACAAACACACGUAUGAAGACUGUGCACAGGAGGUACAGAUGAAAGUGUGAGAAAAACGCCCUCAAAGGUGUUAUGAGUUUUCAAAAUGA